AUCCCAUCUGUCACCAAACAUUGUCUUGUCAACGAAGCUAUAAUAAUUUUCCUAUCCAUAAAUAUCGGAAAAUAGAAGUUUAACAAAAUACAAACGACUUGAGAAAUACAGUGAGAGGCUCAUAACUGAUAUAGUGAACACCGAAAAUUUACCAAAAUGCCAUGUAUUCGAAAGGACAUAUUUUGGAUCGGUAUAAUAUGUUUAAUUAGUUUUUGUUAUGGAGAACAUUUGAAGUCGUCAUCUUCAUCGAGCGAACAGAGAAACCAGAAGUCGGUAUUUUCUGAGCCACAUAUUAACUGGAAAGAUAAAGGAAAUUACAAUUAUAAAAUUGAUCAUGAAAGUGAAAUUUUAUCAAGGUCAAAGCGUGCCAGUAUACAGAACCAAAGUAUGCAAAGUUCCAGUGAAUCAACUGUAAACAAUCAAAUUGUGAAUUCAACACCGAGCUCUUCUACUGAAAGUAAUAAUAUGGCUGCAGAAAAGAAUGAAUCUAUAUUGUCAGUAGUACUUGUAAAUAUUUCUGCAUCUGCAACUCCUAAUGCCUCUGUGGUCAGCCCAUCAGAUGCAGCACCUUUACCUGAGAAAAGCUCUGCAGAAGAUGAACACAACAGUUCUAUGGCCAUAUUUUUUGUAUUGUGCGUGCUAGCACUUGGUAUUCUACUAAUUCAUCUUAUGCUUCAAACUGGAUUCUCAUAUUUGCCUGAAAGUGUGGUAAUAGUGUUCCUUGGUGCUUUGAUUGGUAUGAUUAUAAACUUGAUGUCCAUUAAGAACAUUGCAAAUUGGAGGAAGGAGGAAGCAUUUUCUCCAACUGCCUUUUUUUUAGUACUCCUACCUCCUAUAAUUUUUGAAUCAGGUUACAAUUUGCACAAAGGAAACUUUUUCCAAAACAUUGGAUCCAUUCUACUUUUUGCAAUAGUUGGGACUGCUAUAUCAGCAUUUGUGAUUGGUGCAGGCAUAUAUUUGCUGGGGCUGGCCCAGGUAGUGUACAAAUUGAGUUUUGUGGAGUCUUUUGCCUUCGGCUCUCUGAUAUCAGCAGUAGACCCUGUUGCUACAGUAGCAAUCUUCCAUGCACUUGAUGUAGACCCAGUGCUCAACAUGUUGGUUUUCGGAGAGAGCAUACUGAAUGAUGCUAUUGCUAUUGUUUUGACAACAGCUGUUUUGGAUUCUAAUGAUCCUCUAAUGUCUACUGGCGAAGCCAUCCUUUCUGCAAUAAAUAGAUUUUGGUUAAUGUUUUUUGCCUCAGCGGGAAUAGGAGUCUUGUUUGCACUUGUUAGUGCUCUACUUUUGAAACAUGUUGAUCUACGUAAAAAUCCAUCUCUUGAAUUUGGUAUGAUGUUAGUUUUUACUUAUGCUCCGUACGUAUUGGCUGAGGGUAUUCAUCUAUCAGGAAUUAUGGCAAUAUUAUUUUGUGGAGUAGUAAUGUCUCAUUACACACAUUUCAAUUUAUCUACAGUGACACAGGUUACUAUGCAGCAGACUAUGAGAACUUUAGCUUUUAUUGCUGAAACCUGUGUAUUUGCAUACUUAGGAUUGGCUAUAUUCAGCUUCAGACAUCGUGUGGAACCAGCACUUGUAGUUUGGAGCAUAGUCAUGUGUUUAGUUGGCAGAGCUGCAAAUAUUUUCCCACUUGCUUUACUCUGCAAUAAAUUCCGCGAACACAAGAUAACUAAGAAAAUGAUGUUUAUAAUGUGGUUCAGUGGACUACGAGGAGCAAUUUCCUAUGCACUAUCACUACAUUUGGGUUUCUCUGACGAAACACGUCAUGUGAUCAUAACCACGACUCUUAUAAUAGUAUUAUUUACAACUUUAUUCUUUGGUGGAUCAACAAUGCCUUUACUUAAGUUUUUGAGAGCUAACAAAAAAACAAAGCGUUCAAGAUCCUUACGUAAGCAGAAAGAAGUAAGUUUGUCAAAAACACGGGAAUGGGGCCAGGCCAUAGACUCUGAACAUUUGUCUGAGAUAACCGAAGAGGAAUUAGAGGUAAAUUAUUCACAUGCAACCCGACUGCGAGGCUUUGUGCGGUUAGACAUGAAGUAUCUCACUCCUUUCUUCACCAGGAGAUUUACUCAUCAGGAGUUAAAGGAUUGUAAAAGCCAAAUGACGGAUCUUACCAACCAGUGGUAUCAAGCUAUUAAAAUAUCGAAUGAUCGCGAAACUGACGAAGAAGAGAGUUUACAACAAAGCUCACAUUCCAAUUCGCACAGCAGUCUGCAGAGAGGUGUUUAAACCAUCACAUAUUUACGUAUGUUUAUAUACUGAGCCUGAAUUAGGUUGUACAACUUUCAGAUGAUUCUAAGACUAUUCCAUAACACGUAAACAUUUGCGGUGUUACAAAAGUCAAGCCGAAAGCCGUACGCAUACGCUACAUUUUUAUCUAAUAUGUAAUGAGCGCAAAGAGGAAAAUCACAACCAAAUGUAUAGAUAUAGAGUUUGCUUAGAUAUUACAAAUUAUGAUAAAGUAGAUUUUUUGGCUAUGAUAACUUAUUAUAUUUUUGAAAAUACUUUUGUAACGCCGUUUAUUUAGCUAUCUUAUUGAGUGAAGUGCAAGCUUAGGGAAAGAAAUAGCUGACGGAAUAGUUAAUAAUGUGACCUGAUUUCUUGCAUUUUUGUGCUAUCUUUUAUUCUAGUUUAGUUCGCGCGUUUUUUUGUGUAGUCUUGAGCUUGCACUACUUCUACAAAUUAAAGAAAAUGAGAUAAGUAAUUUAUACUAUGUGUACCUAUCUAGUAAAUGAAUGCGGGCACCUUUUUAUUGUAAACAUUAACGCAUUAAGAGAGCGUCCUCGCCCAGACUCAAAAAUCCGGGUGUCCGGUGGAAAAUUGUGGAUUUGAAAAUUGAAAAAGACGCUGGCGCCGCGGCGCCGCGUUUGUGGGACUCUCUGAUUGAACCAGCGAAAGUGGGUGCGGCAAUUAUUUGUCAGUUUGGGAGACGCAACAAAAUGAUCCACGAGCAAUGUUCCCUUGGGACCGCCACCGCGCUGUAUACCUACAACAUUAAUUCAUUUUCAGCAAAUAUACCGAUUAUAAAGGAUCACCGGAUUAUUAAAUGUUCAAACAUUUUCAGUAUUGUCACUAAUUAUGUAAUUGAAAUAAUUGUAUAAAAUUCGGUUACGUUAGCAAUUACACAGAGUGACUAUUUUUAUCAAGGAUUCCUAUCGAGUAUUAUAAUUUAUUUUAGUCAAGAAAUGUGUGAUAUGAUUGAAUGUUUAGAAAAGGAUUCGACUUUUAUCUAAAUCGUAUGUCUUUGUCUUUGGCGUGGCAUGUAAAUUAAUUAACAACAUGAGCUUGUCACAAGAGUUGUCAUUGAAUGGGUCUCUCAACACAAGUUAUUAUUUACAAUCGCAAAUAAUACAUGCUUUAUCAGGCCAUUGUAGUAUUUUGGUUGUGUAAUGUAGAUAUACACAUUAAAUGUGAUUUCAUAGUAAUAGGUAUUGUAAAUGGUUUGUACUUAAGCAUUGUUAACUAGCUUUAAUUUUUAUUUUUUCAUCUCUGUGCAUAAAUUACAUUUAGUUGAAAUGAUCACUUAUCAUAGUUUAAAAUUCAAGAUUGACUUUUUGAUACAGUGUCAAACGUCUUACACUCAACGUUGAGAUUCAUGUCUCAUAUAUAUCUUGUAAAUAGUUUGCGGUACAAUUCUGUGCAUUGCACUUAGAUUUGAUACAUUCAUUCAGGGGCCCGAUUCUCCUAAGUUAAUAAUGUCAAAAUCGAAUAGAAAUUGAAUCGCAAUAGCAGUUUUAACCAUAUCGGGCACUCUGCUACUAAUAUAAGACCAAUCGUAUUCCAACGACAUUC